AUUGCAAACCCGGCAAGUAUAAAGUCAACUUACCGACAGCAGGAAGGUUCAGUCGUUCAGAGCCACUGCUCGGUUGAAAUUUGGACUUCUCCAGAUUACUGAAACACAAAUCAACUGGACAAAAAUGGAACCGCUCAAGUAUAUGUCAGGAUUUGGCAAUGAAUUUUCUUCAGAGGAUCCACGCUGCCCCGGGUCCCUGCCAGAGGGUCAGAAUAAUCCGCAGGUGUGUCCAUAUGGGCUGUAUGCAGAACAACUCUCUGGUUCAGCCUUCACUUGCCCAAGGAGCACCAAUAAGCGGAGUUGGCUUUAUCGUAUUUUGCCUUCCGUUCAUCACAGACCGUUUACUUCUGUAAUUCAGGGCAACCUGUCCUACAAUUGGGACGAAGUUGACCCUGAUCCCAACCAGCUCAGAUGGCUGCCAUUCAAGAUUCAGAAAGCAUCGGAGAAGAAGGUCGAUUUUGUAACGGGUUUACAUACUUUAUGUGGAGCUGGGGACAUCAGAUCACGCACUGGCUUGGCUAUUCACAUCUAUACCUGCAACAUCUCCAUGGAGAACAAGAGCUUCUACAAUUCAGAUGGGGAUUUCCUUCUUGUUCCUCAAAAAGGGAACCUCUUGAUCACCACAGAGUUUGGCAAGAUGCUGGUUGAACCUUACGAGAUUUGUGUCAUUCAGCAAGGGAUGCAUUUCAGUGUGGAAGUUUUCGAGGAGACCAGAGGUUAUAUACUGGAGGUGUUUGGAAGCCAUUUUGAGUUGCCUGAUCUUGGCCCCAUUGGAGCCAAUGGCCUUGCCAACCCCAGGGACUUCAAGGUUCCAGUUGCAUGGUAUGAGAAUCGGAAUAUUCCGGCAGGUUUCACAGUCAUCAGCAAGUUCCAGGGCAAGCUUUUUGCUGCGCAGCAGGAUAUCUCUCCGUUUAACGUUGUGGCUUGGCAUGGAAACUAUACACCAUACAAGUACAAUCUGAAUGACUUCAUGGUCAUUAAUUCUGUUGCCUUUGACCAUGCGGAUCCAUCGAUAUUCACCGUGCUGACGGCUAAAUCGACCCGCCCAGGUGUGGCUGUUGCAGACUUUGUUAUCUUUCCACCGCGCUGGGGAGUAUCUGAACACACUUUCCGACCUCCUUACUACCACCGUAACUGUAUGAGUGAGUUUAUGGGACUUAUUAAGGGCCACUAUGAGGCGAAGCAGGAGGGCUUCCUGCCUGGGGGAGGGAGUCUGCACAGUGUCAUGACUCCCCACGGACCGGAUGCGGAGUGCUUUGAGAAAGCGAGCUCGGCAGCACUCAAACCGGAGCGAGUGGCCGGUGGAACUAUGGCAUUUAUGUUUGAGUCCUCUUUCAACAUGAGUGUCACCAGAUGGGGUCUGGAGAAGUGUAACUGCCUGGACAAAAGCUACUCCACCUGUUGGCAGCCACUGAAGAGCCAUUUCAAUGCCAACGCUAAACCCAGCCACAAGUGAACCUCUGGUGCAAUAGGGUCAAACUGUGGCCAUUGGGAAAACGAUACCAGGCGGGACAGAUUAUUAGUUCCCACUGAAAAAUGAUUUUCACUUCUACUGAAAUGACUGCUGCAGUGAUUUAAAAAAACAAUUGUAGACAUAUAGAGAGUUGAAAUGGUUCACUGUGUCCAAUCAAAUAAUAAAAUUAAUUGACUUAUUUACUCA